ACCCUCUCUCUCUCCCCACUCUUCUCUCUUCUUAAAUAAAUUCUGUGCUAUGUUUUAACUCACUUCCUUUCAGUUCACGCCAAACGAAUGCUGCCCUCUUCUCUAUCGCUUACAAUGACAGCAGAGAGCAUCAAGACUCUUGUACUUAGCUAGUGUCUUGGACACUCUUAGUUCUUGUUUUCCUGCUAGUUUAUAAAAAAAAAAAAACAACGAAAGAAAUGAAACUACUAGGGGGUUUUGAGCAAUGUUUGGCAAUGGCUGUGGUGCUUUUACUAUUUCUGUUUCCUCUCGUUUCACCACUUAACGAUGAGGGGAAAGCUUUGAUGUCUAUAAAGGAAUCUUUCAGCAAUGUUGUUAAUGUGCUUGUUGACUGGGAUGAUGUGCACAAUGAAGAUUUCUGUUCUUGGCGCGGUGUGUUUUGUGACAAUGACAGCUUCUCUGUUGUUUCUCUUAACCUGUCAAAUUUGAACCUUGGUGGUGAAAUUUCUCCUGGCAUUGGAGAUUUGAGGAACUUGCAAUCCAUAGACUUCCAAGGGAAUAUGUUGACUGGUCAAAUCCCAGAAGAGAUUGGCAAUUGUGCUUCUUUAUACCAUCUGGAUCUUUCUGGUAACUUGCUUUAUGGUGACAUUCCCUUUUCUCUAUCAAAGUUGAAGCAACUUGAUACCUUAAAUUUGAAGAACAACCAGCUUACUGGUCCUAUCCCUUCAACCUUAACCCAAAUUCCGAAUCUGAAAACACUUGACCUUGCUAAAAACCAGCUGACUGGUGAGAUACCAAGAUUGAUAUACUGGAAUGAAGUCUUACAAUACCUUGGAUUACGCGGCAAUUUGUUGACUGGAACAUUGUCAGAAGAUAUCUGUCAGUUGACUGGCUUGUGGUACUUUGAUGUGAGAGACAAUAAACUAACUGGCACCAUCCCCAGUAGCAUUGGCAACUGUACUAGCUUUGAGAUACUGGAUAUAUCAUACAAUCAGUUUACUGGGGAGAUACCAUACAAUAUUGGCUUCUUGCAAGUUGCUACGCUGUCUCUUCAAGGGAAUAAUCUCACUGGGAGGAUUCCAGAGGUUAUUGGUUUAAUGCAGGCCCUUGCUGUUCUGGAUUUGAGUGACAAUGAGCUAGUUGGACCAAUUCCCGCAAUACUAGGCAAUUUGUCAUACACUGGGAAACUGUAUCUUCAUGGAAACAAGCUCACUGGACCAAUUCCCCCAGAACUUGGAAAUAUGUCAAAGCUAAGCUAUUUGCAAUUGAAUGACAACCAACUGGUUGGCAGCAUUCCUCCUGAACUUGGGAAGCUGGGACAGUUGUUUGAAUUGAAUCUUGCUAACAACCAUCUUGAAGGGCCCAUUCCACACAACAUCAGUUUUUGCAGGGCAUUGAAUCAAUUCAACGUGCAUGGUAAUCACUUGAGUGGAAUCAUACCUUCAGGUUUCAAGGAUCUUGAGAGCUUGACUUACUUAAAUCUCUCAUCAAACGACUUCAAAGGCAGUGUUCCUGUUGAGCUGGGACGCAUAAUCAAUUUGGAUACAUUGGAUCUCUCAAGCAAUAACUUUUCGGGGCCCAUUCCAGCUAUGAUUGGUGACCUGGAGCACCUUCUCACCUUGAAUUUGAGCAGGAAUCAUCUUCAUGGACGAUUGCCUGCUGAAUUUGGGAAUCUAAGAAGUAUACAAAUUAUUGAUUUGUCUUUCAACAACGUGACUGGUAGCAUUCCAGUGGAAUUGGGUCAGCUGCAAAACAUUGUUUCUCUGAUCCUGAACAACAAUGACUUGCAAGGAGAAAUCCCUGAGCUUACCAAUUGUUUCAGCCUUGCCAAUUUGAAUUUCUCAUACAACAAUUUAUCAGGAAUUGUGCCACCUAUUAGAAACUUGACACGGUUUCCACCAGACAGCUUUAUUGGAAAUCCUUUGUUGUGUGGCAACCGGUUGGGAUCAAUAUGUGGCCCCUAUGUCCCAAAGUCUAAAGUAAUCUUCUCUAGAGCAGCAGUUGUCUGUAUAACGCUGGGAUUCAUAACAUUAUUGUCCAUGAUUAUAGUUGCGAUUUACAAAUCCAACCAACAGAAACAAUUGACGAAGAGAUCCAACAAAACUGUACAAGGUCCUCCAAAACUUGUGGUUCUUCACAUGGACAUGGCUAUUCACACCUUUGAUGACAUAAUGAGGAACACAGAGAAUUUAAGUGAGAAGUAUAUUAUAGGUUAUGGUGCUUCUAGCACAGUAUACAAGUGUGUGCUGAAAAAUUCCCGGCCACUUGCAAUUAAGCGACUCUACAAUCAGUAUACAUGCAACUUGCACGAGUUUGAAACUGAACUUGAGACCAUUGGCAGCAUCAGACACCGAAAUAUAGUCAGCUUACAUGGUUAUGCACUGUCUCCUCGUGGAAACCUUCUCUUUUAUGACUAUAUGGAGAAUGGUUCUCUGUGGGAUCUGCUUCAUGGACCAUCCAAAAAGGUAAAGCUUGACUGGGAAACACGCUUGAAAGUAGCAGUUGGAGCUGCUCAAGGACUUGCUUAUCUUCACCAUGAUUGCAACCCUCGAAUCAUCCACAGGGAUGUGAAAUCCUCAAAUAUCUUGCUGGAUGAGAAUUUUGAAGCUCACUUGUGUGAUUUUGGAAUUGCUAAAUGCAUCCCAACCACAAAAACUCAUGCCUCAACUUUUGUUAUGGGUACUAUUGGCUACAUUGAUCCAGAGUAUGCCCGCACAUCUCGGCUAACUGAAAAAUCAGAUGUUUAUAGCUUUGGCAUUGUCCUCUUGGAGCUUCUUACUGGGAAGAAGGCUGUGGAUAACGAGUCUAAUUUACAGCAGCUGAUUUUAUCGAGGGCUGAUGAUAACACUGUAAUGGAAGCUGUUGACCCAGAAGUUUCUGUUACAUGCAUGGAUUUGACCCAUGUAAAGAAGAGUUUCCAACUAGCACUAUUGUGCACCAAGCGCCAUCCCUCAGAGAGACCAACCAUGCAGGAUGUGUCCAGGGUCUUAGUAUCAUUUGUUCCAGCUCCUACAAAAGCUUCUCUUCUUCCAAAGCCUUUUGACUAUGCCAAAUUUGUCAUGGACAAAGGACAGCAGCAGCCAACACUUCACCAGCCACAACUUCUGCAGGAAAACAACUCUUCUGAUGCACAUUGGUUCAUGAGGUUCAAAGAAGUUGUGUCAAAGAAUACUCUCUAAGUCGCUGACCCCAAUGCACCCUAGGAAAAUUCAGCGAUAAAAAAUACCAAAUUUUUGGCCCAAAUGGGUUGUUUAAACUGCCCCCUUGUAUAGAUUUUCAACAUCUAGGAAUGUUUCGGCAUGUUUUUGCUAAUAUUAAAGCUCAAUUGCUUUUACAGUACAAGGGAUUAAAAAUCCCUUUCGGAUAGCCUGCUAUUGUAAGACUUUUUAUACAAGUAGCUCUACUAACUCUAAUUUA